CCCACGAUUCUCAACCAAUAUAGCCACUCAUCUUUCUCUCUCCUUGUGAAUGUGAACACAAAAAGACAAGAAGAGAAAGUUGAGAGUUUUCUUUUGAUUUUCGCUUGUCUGGAUUCGAACCGAAUCGCCAUUGUUGUUGUUGUUGUUACCAAUAUACUUCUCUCUUCGUCUUCUCUUGUCUAAAAAAGUUUCAAUUUUUCCGGUGGAAGAAAAAGCGCAACAAAACAUCUAUCCAUGAGUGUUUCCUCGUUUCCUUGACACAUGUUUUUCGCAUCAUUCUUCAUAAUUUUUAAACAAAAAGAAACGAAACUGACCAACCAAGCAAAGCUCUUUCUUCCAUUAACAAUCCUCUACUUGCUUCAUCUUCAUUCGUCAUGAUUUCACUCUUCUUUACUUUACCAAUUUCUUGAAUUCUCAAACCCAAAAGACAAAGCCUUUCUAUUUCUUAUAGGUAUAAUUACCUUCAGAUGUCUAAGAACUCAAACCUUGAAGAAAACGGAGGAGCAAAGCCAAUCUGUGAAGCUUUGAAGAGAUUCAAAAGGUCAAGGCUAGUGUUCGAGCCGUCUUUAGGAGUGUUGGGGUUCUUUUUGGUUGGGGUGUGUUUGGUUUGCAGUUUUUUCUUAUUUGAUUACAGAAACGUAGCUAAAAGCUAUGGCCUUUCGGAUAAAUCAGACAGAUUCGUUUGGCUCAAGCUUGACAACAACAUCAGCAGCAACACUAGUAGUAAUAGUUCAAAGAGAGUUGGAUUUCUGGAAGAGAGUGGAAAUGGCUGUGAUGUGUUCGAUGGAGAUUGGGUUUGGGACGAGUCUUAUCCAUUGUAUCAAUCCAAAGAUUGCAGAUUUCUCGAUGAAGGGUUUAGGUGUAGUGACUUUGGAAGGUCUGAUUUGUUCUAUACUCAGUGGCGAUGGCAACCUAGACACUGUAAUUUGCCCAGAUUUGAUGCUAAACUGAUGCUGGAGAAACUCCGGGACAAGCGGCUAGUGUUUGUUGGAGAUUCAAUAGGAAGAAACCAGUGGGAGUCUCUUCUUUGUCUACUAUCUUCUGCAGUCAAGAACGAAAGCUUAAUUUAUGAAAUAAACGGAAGUCCCAUCACAAAGCACAAAGGGUUCUUGGUGUUCAAAUUUGAGGAGUACAAUUGCACUGUGGAGUACUACAGAUCUCCGUUUUUAGUUCCUCAAAGCAGACCACCGAUUGGAUCACCCCAAAAAGUUAAGACAACUUUGAAACUGGAGACUAUGGAUUGGACUUCAAGCAAAUGGAGAGAUGCAGACGUUUUAGUGCUCAAUACUGGACAUUGGUGGAACGAGGGAAAAACUACUAGAACGGGAUGUUACUUUCAAGAAGGAGAAGAAGUGAAAUUGAAGAUGAAUGUAGAUGAUGCUUAUAAGCGCGCUCUGAAUACCGUUGUGAAUUGGAUACAUACCGAGGUCGAUUCAAACAAAACUCAAGUCUUUUUUCGCACAUUCGCUCCCGUGCAUUUCAGGUUUGUACGGGGAGGAGAUUGGAAAACAGGAGGAACAUGUCACAUGGAGACAUUACCAGAGAUUGGAACCUUAUUGGCUUCAUCAGAGACAUGGGAACAGUCAAAGAUCCUCAGAGAUGUGUUGUCACAUUACUCGAACAGAUCAGAGACUGUUAAAAUGAAGGUGUUGGACAUAACGGCAAUGGCUGCUCAAAGAAAAGACGGUCACCCAUCACUCUACUAUCUUGGUCCGCUUAGUCCUGCACCGCUGCAUCGCCAAGACUGUAGCCACUGGUGCCUUCCCGGUGUUCCAGACACGUGGAACGAGGUCUUCUAUGCAUUAUUUAUGAAACAAGAAGCUCCUUCUUCUUCUAAAAGAGUUGAAGAAGCGAAUACUACAGGAAUGUCAUGACGCUGGACUGAACAAGGAAACCACAACAAGCUCUUGUUUCUGAAAGCUGUUGGCGGUUUUUUUCUAAGAUGCUGAGCUCAAAGAUCAAAAAGGGUUUGGGAUUUUUUGAUUGGGUGAUUAGAUUAAUCGGGUGGGAAUAUAUGUAAUUAGGUUGAUAAAUCUUAAUCUUUGGUUGUAAAAAUUAAAAAAAAAAACCUUAAAAUUAUUUUUCGAAGAUUCAAAUAUACAGUAAAAUAUACUCAGGAGACCAAAAACAAUCGGUUCUCUGUUUCUUUA